AUGGCCGUCGGAGAAUAUUCCGCAGAAGAGGUGAACGAUCUACAGGGUCUUCGGAGAGCUCUUGUGCAAGAAUGGGAGGCUAUUCCACUGGCAUUCUUCAUGAACUUGAUCAGAAGCAUGAGAUCUCGGUAUAACUCUGUCCAGGACCAGAGAGGCGGCUACACCAUGUACUGGUUGGUCAUGGACUCCAUUGUUGUGACUUUCCGUUUUGGGAGACAGUUGGAUUUUGCAUCUCCCGUCACGACCGCUGCUAUAGAGUCCGGGGCUGGUGACAUCUCUCCUUCUGGACUCGCCUCGAGCAGGACACACCCAGGGAUCCUCUACUUCGUCAACGGUGCUAGUGUCAGUGUGACUACCGUCUUCGCCGUCGAUGCAUCUUCUGGUCAGAUUGUUGGAAGCAUUGACAUCAACAACGCCACAAACGAUCACUGGUCCGCCGUCGCAGUUGGAAAGUGUCCCCUCGACGUCGACACCGACUCCGACUGCAUCUAUGUGCACGACGCUGGAGACACGGCGACGCCAGCUAAGGUCGUCUACGUUGUGAAGGAACAAGCUGACCCUCGAACUGACGUCAGCAUUGCCGCUGAUAAAAUAAUAAGUUACACUGACCAACGAGGAGGAUUGGGUAAUUCAGACACCAUAUUUGUGGACGGCCACCGUGACAUCUUCUUCUUUGACGCUGUGGAGGGUACCAGCGGGCGAGGAGCCAUUCUGUACCGUAUUGAAAUCAAAAGCGGAGUCCCAACAGCGCGGGGUGUUCAGAAAUUAGACCUCAUUACUACCGGCACGACGGGGCAGAACGACGCUAGCCUGUCUGCGAACGGAUGCGAGCUGCUGGUGAAGACACGUGACAGGAUAUACUACUUCCCCUUCCGGAAUGGUCAGAUCGAGGCUGAGCACCUCAGCAUCCUGCCUCUAUUUCCCAGACAAGGCUACAAUGGUAUAGCGUGGCAGGGCAAUCAGACUGGGUUCUAUAUCGUAAAUGGCGACGAUCCUGCGGACCUUCAGUUCAGCGCCCGCGGGAAGGGCUACCGUGCAAAGUUUAACUACGGACAAGUAAUUGGUAUCAACCAAGGUGUGGACGGCAUGGCAGCGAGCAGAGACCACGGAGGUUUUAUCUAUGUCAUACGUCCUGGAUCCUCCAAGAUCUUCAUCAUGCAGGCAGUCCAGUUCCAGGAGGCUGGUGAGAUAGACUUAGGAAUGACAUUCUCCAACAGACAGGGCAUAUCGACGGGGAAGUGUCCAGUGACACAGGGAAGUGGUAACUGUGUCUUCGUCCAAAACGGAGGAAGCAAUAGUGGCGGACCAACGAACAUCAUCUUUGUCAUCCCUGAACCCGCCGACCCGUUCUCUGUGAUGACCGUCACGCUCGACGCCAGCAACGUCAUCUCAUACACAUAUCCAGGAUCUGGUUCGGACGCUCUCAUGGUCGACUGCAACGGCGACAUCUACAUCCUCGACAAGGGCACCGCCGGUGGCAACGCAGGCGUGUACAAACUGGACUCCGACAAUGCAGGAGUACUCAUUGGGCGGAUACCGGUACAAUCCUCGUUCGCCGGACCUGUGGGAGCUGACAUAUCCCCCUGCUGUGACGAGGUCGUUGUGAAGCUGGUGGAGAACGUCCUCCUGUACCCCAUCCAAGGUGGCACCGUGGCCUCCGCCCUGGCAGCUGAACCCCUCAUUCAGCCGUAUGUGCAGGAGUUUGACGGGGCGAGUGUCACGUUUGCUGAUGACUGCAAGUCGUAUCUGACGGCUUCUGACACCUCUACCGGACAGUUGAGGCGCUAUCGUCGCGUCAAGUGUUGUGAUAAAAAGUACUGAAAAUACAUGCAAUAAACGGUGUUACG